AUAUAACGUCUUGUAACGAUAGUGAUUCAGUUUUACGCGAUCGCUUGCAACAAAAUGAUGGAUCGAGGCGGGGUGAGACAGUAAGGGAAGAAAGUGAAGUGACGGCGAUUGUGCAAUCGGUGACGGCGCAGUAAUCAACAGACAAUUAACUGGACAUUAUGAUGUUUAAAAUGAGAUUAAGGUGUCAAACGUUAGUGGUGUUAUGCUACGUGGUGCUGACGGCAGCUGACCGCAGGAAUGAUUUAGCGAAACUCCUAUCGUUGAGUGCAUCGAACGGUGAUCGUCCAGCGGUCAAUGUAAACGCGUCUGAUAUACCGUCGAGCUAUAGCAGCCCAUACGUAUCGGCUAGGACGUCGAGAAGUCCUCCUGAAUUUCAGAAGUAUGCAUUCCGACCGCGCGCUUUAAAUGCAGAGAAAGCUGUGUAUUACGCGAAGGACAACUUGAAUAUGAACACCUAUAAAUCUGAAAUACUUUUCCCUGGUAAUUAUAUCGCAAUUGCCAAAGAGAAAAGUAGUGAGGAUCGUGCCAAUGAUGCUGCAGUUUCAGGUCGAUUUCAACCGCAAACGAUACCUCUCACGAGGGACCCCGGGUUCGAAGCUAGGUCAUUGGAUGAUGAUGAUGAUGAUGAAGAAAAUGAGAAACCGGAAGAAUUCUCUGCGCUGUCCGCGACGAGAAGAUCGUUGUCAUACAUCUUCGGUGGUGGUGAAGCGGAGGCCGAGGAAGACGAGGAAGAAGAUGAAGUCGAAGACGAAGACCAUCUAGACGGUGAAUUCAAAGGAAAGCACAAGAAGAAGAAGAGUAAACUGAAGUAUAAGAAGCGAUACUCCAAAUACAUGAUGCCCCUACUCAUGGCCUACAAAUUGAAGUACCUAGCAAUAGUACCAGUCAUGAUCGGAGGUCUGGUGUUACUGGUAGGGGCUACCGGCUUAGCCGGGUUCUUCUUCGCGCUGUUUGCAGCGACGAUGGCCCUACAAAAGGGCGGAUAUUAAUAGAAUAAUAAAGUCGACGUUCUCGAGGCCAUCUUUAUGUUAACAAAUCAAUACUUUGCCCGCUGUUUUCAGUUCUGUUUGUCGUCUAUUUUCCCAUUUUUGAUAGUAAUGAAUCGUAUCUGUCUUGAUACGUUUCCCAUUGCAUUAGGGCAUUUUAUGUCAUUAUUGUCACUGUCUCUGAUUUCAAUACAAAUGUUCGCGAUUAUAUCGCCAUUGUAAAUAAUUUUGUUAAGGCGUAAUUUAAGUUAUUUAUUGAAUAAUUUUUGUAACUUUGUAUUAUUGCGUAUUAGUUUAUUUAUGUAGUUACCAUUAAAUAUUGUUCACUGA